CCAUGAACAGCGCAUGCCUGACGAGGUGCCGCCGCCCUCACGCGCUCUCCCCUGCCCUAAUUCGUGCGCCAACCGCGUCUCAUCGCUUGCAUUUCCUCCCUCUUUCGUCGCGGCCGGGCAGCAGCCGGGGUAUAUCCGCCUCGCCCUCGCGGCCGAAGCAACACGACGGCGACCCGAGGUUCAGAGACCUGGGCAAACAGAUAUCGGACGAGUAUGCCGUGAUACACCAAAGAAUCCCAUCGUCCUCGCCCAUGGGCUGAUGGGCUUCGCCGAGCUCCGCUUGGGCGGCUACGUCCCGCCGAUCCACUACUGGCACGGCAUCUCGGACUCGCUGAGCACGCUCUCGGGCCCGGACAACGUCAUCACGACCUCGGUGCCGCCCUCGGCCUCCAUCGAGGAGCGCGCCGCCGCGCUGGCCGCCGACAUCGCCGCCAAGGCCCGCGGCCGCGCCGUCAACAUCGUCGCCCACUCCAUGGGCGGCCUCGACGCCCGCUACAUGAUUUCCGUCCUCCAGCCCGCCGGCGUCUCCGUCGCGAGCCUCGUCACCGUCGCCACCCCCCACCGCGGCAGCGCCUUUGCCGACUUCCUUCUCGAAGGCCGCGGGCCCAUCAAGCUGGCCAGCCUGUACGGACUCAUCGAGCGCGCCGGCCUUGGCACCCAGGCCUUUGACCAGCUGACGCAGCGGUACAUGGAGGACGAGUUCAACCCGCGCACGCCCGACCGCGACGACGUGCGCUACUUCAGCUACGGCGCCUGCACGAGCCGGCCGCCGCUGCUGAGCCCGUUCCGGCAGAGCCACCGUAUCCUCGAGGGUGUCGAGGGCGCCAACGACGGGCUCGUGAGCGUCGCUAGCAGCCGGUGGGGCAAGUACCAGGGCACGCUGCUGGAAGUGAGCCACCUGGACCUGAUCAACUGGUCGAACCGGCUGAAGUGGACGCUGCGCAAGGUCUGGAUGGGGCAGACGAGGCCCUUUAACGCCGUUGCGUUCUAUCUGGACAUUGCCGACAUGUUGGCCAAGGAGGGGUUGUGAAAAGGGGACGCAAAGGGAGGAGGGAGGGGGGCGCCGAUGUACUGAUACCCGUGCGUGCGUGGGGUGGAUAUACGAGAUGGCUUUCAAAAAUAAAAGGGGGGUUAGACGCAACGAGACGUGAUGUAAGAAUACGAAGGACUAGGCGUGUGUGACCGUGUAGAUAAAACAAGACCGCAAGGAUAACCUCAUGACUGAAAAUAACCAAGAGUCAACCGCAUCGUCGAACGUUCCCCGGAUGAGAAGGGUUACCGCGUCACUCUACAAUGUUAGCGUCCUACGGCAAGGGUCUCUCGGACUCGCUUUUCAUGUUACCGAACCCAGGCUCAACGGGCUCGACGUCGCUCGCUCUUUGGAGGGCGCGAGGAUAGAAGGCGUGGGGGGCCAGGUCUCUGGUGACUGUCGGGGUUUUUUCUUCUUUGUAAACAGGCGCUGCAUGUUUGUCAUCCCGCGAUGUCGCCUGAGAGACAACAUCACUCUGUAAUUACGCAGACCCUCCCUCCCCGGCGGGAGAGUCGCGCAUAGCCCGAAAUGGACAAAGGGAAUAGAACGACACCUCAACCUCCUCCACCCUUCCCACCCCUUUGGAGAGACGGGACCCCGUGAUCCCGCACACCAGGUUCCUAACAUUGGCGCAAACGACGCACAGUACCGCGGGUAGGAACGUGUAAAGAGCUCCCUAAAUUGGACGUGGUAUAAUUAAGAACACCAAACUACCCCUCCCUCCCCUUUCAGCCAAGCCAUCUAAUCUUGUCGCCUCACGCUCAUGUCCGUGUUCUAGCUUUCUUGUCAUCCAGACAGCAUCACAUCUCUCGCAACACAUCCCUCACAACACAUCCCUCACAUCCAUGCUGGUUGACCCAUGCAAUCACGCCAAAACGCCUCUCAGUCCCAAAACACCCUUCUCUACCUCUCAC